UUGUUUGCAUCGCCCGCUCAUUAGCUGCAUUCUCACUCUCCGGAGCCCCCAAAGCACUAACAAAAACGCAACCGAAUUCAGUUUUAAAAACCGCAAACUACUGUCACUCUGAUUCAUAUUCUCUCUGGCUUCUUCCAUUUUCGCUUUUCGUAGCUUUUUCGUAUCAAUCAUGGCUUCUCUUGCCGGAUCCAAUUGCGUCGCUUUCCGAACCGCCAACUUCGGCGCCUCCGGUAACCGGAAAAUUGGUCAGAUCCGGCAAUGGUCUCCGAUUAUGACUCAGCGCCGUCUCCUUUCUGGUGUUCGUUACGUUUCGAAUACUUCGUUUAGCUCCUCCGGUGUGAGAGCACAGGUUGCUACACUGGAGGAAGCGGGAACUGGAGCAGCUCAGAAAGUGGAAGCGCCGGUUGUAGUAGUAACCGGAGCCUCCAGAGGUAUUGGCCGAGCAAUUGCACUGUCGUUGGGUAAAGCAGGUUGCAAGGUCCUGGUUAACUACGCAAGGUCAUCCAAGGAAGCCGAGGAGGUUUGCAAGGAGGUUGAGGCACUUGGUGGACAAGCUCUUACAUUUGGUGGAGAUGUUUCUAACGAGGCUGAUGUGGAGUCUAUGAUUAAAACUGCAACUGAUGCUUGGGGAACUGUUGAUGUAUUGAUAAACAAUGCAGGAAUAACUAGAGAUGGUCUAUUAAUGAGAAUGAAGAAAUCUCAAUGGCAGGAUGUUAUCGAUCUAAAUCUCACUGGUGUUUUUCUUUGCACACAGGCAGCGGCCAAGAUUAUGAUGAAGAAGAAAAAGGGGAGGAUAAUCAAUAUUGCAUCAGUUGUUGGUUUGGUUGGCAAUGCUGGACAAGCCAAUUAUAGUGCUGCAAAAGCAGGAGUAAUUGGCCUGACAAAAACUGUUGCAAAGGAAUAUGCUAGCAGAAGCAUCACUGUUAAUGCAGUUGCCCCAGGGUUUAUCGCAUCUGACAUGACUGCCAAGCUAGGAGAAGACAUUGAGAAAAAGAUUUUGGAGACAAUCCCGUUAGGAAGAUAUGGCCAACCAGAAGAAGUUGCUGGACUGGUGGAAUUCUUGGCUCUGAGUCAUGCUGCCAGUUACAUCACUGGACAGGUUCUCACCAUUGAUGGAGGUAUGGUGAUGUAAAUCAGCAAUCCGAGCUUCUGCACUUCAGUCGGAGUUCAUCCUAAUGGCUUUCAACUGCUGCUGUACUGUGUUAGUUAUAUCCUUGCUGAGUUUUGCUUAAGCUAGUUCUACCUUGUCUUUAUGUAGUAGAAUCUUAGUUAAGCUUAUUGAUGAAAUCAAAGGUGUUUUGCAAGCUUCUUCUUGGGCUGUGUUCCACAUCUUGCUGCAUUUUGAUGAAUGCUUGUGGUCAUGUACGCAUGUUAGCAGAAUAGGCAUAAUUCUUAUAUUUUACGCAAUUUAGCCACAUUGAGCUUUAGCUUUCCUUGUUGGAUGUGCUGUGCG